ACUACACAUGCGCAGUUAAUACAUUCCAUUUUCUGCUUCACUUUCGCCGUUUCUUGGGACGCUGUUUAAUCUUUCCCACAUAGAAACGAUAUCAGGAGCAGCCACAGAGAAUCAGGAUAGCAGGAGAUAGAUAAAUAUUGGUAUAAAGAGAGGAAGGGAAUGCAGUCAUGAGGCUAAAGACUUCACUCCCAAAAGAACCUAAGCAUUCUGAGCUGGUGAGUUGCGUUGCCUGGACAACAUCCGAAGAGCUGUACUCAUGCAGCGAUGACCAUCAAAUCUUACGCUGGAACCUCCUGUCUGACGAGACUAGCAGUCUAGCCAAACUACCCAAUGAUAUCUAUGCUACAGACAUUCAUUUCUUUCCUAGGGGACUGGGAGGAAAGACUAAGCAGUCCCAAUCAGAUGUGUUUGUGUUGACAUCAACUGAUGGUAAAUACCACUUGAUAUCCAAGUCUGGUAGAGUAGAGAAAUCUGUAGAUGCUCACAGAGGGGCUGUGUUGUCUGGGAGGUGGAGCUACGAUGGUACUGCCAUGGCAACAGCAGGUGAAGACGGUCAGGUCAAGAUAUGGUCUCGUAGUGGAAUGUUGCGCUCAACUCUUGCACAAACAGGUUCAGCUGUAUAUUCAAUAUGCUGGUCACCUGACUCAGAUCAGGUGCUAAUAACCAACGGUAAACAGCUCAUUAUCAAGUCACUUCAGGCCAAUGCUAAACCACUUCAGUGGAAAGCCCAUGAUGGUGUCAUCCUGAAAGUCGAUUGGAAUCCAGUUAAUAAUCUAAUCCUGUCUGGUGGUGAAGACUGCAAGUAUCGUGUUUGGGAUUCCUACGGUCGUCAGCUCUAUAGCUCCCAUGCUCAUGACUAUCCCAUCGUGUCUGUAGCAUGGGCUCCAGACGGAGAGCUCUUUGCUGUCGGCUCUUUCAACACACUGAGGUUGUGUGAUAAGAGUGGGUGGUCUUACGCCUUGGAGAAACCCAACACUGGUAGUAUCUUUCAUAUAGCAUGGAGCGGAGAUGGUACGCAGGUUGCAGGGGCUUGUGGGAAUGGUCAUGUGAUCUUCUCUCACGUUAUUGAAAGGCGGUUAGAAUGGAAGAACUUUGAGGUUGUGGUGACGUCAAAUAAAUCAAUCAGCGUCCGUAAUGUCACAAACGAUGCCAAGGAGAAGCUUGAAUUCAGAGAUCGUAUCAUCAAGACUGCCUUAUCAUAUGAACACCUUGUGGUUGCCACUGCUUCACAGUGCUAUGUGUACAGCACCAAGAAUUGGAAUACUCCAAUGAUAUUUGAUCUAAAGGAAGGCACUGUAACACUCAUUGUACUAGCUGAGAAGCAUUUUGGAAUCGUUGAUGCUGCUGGACUUCAUCUUUAUACUUAUGAGGGUCGACUGAUCUCAUCCCCCAAGUUUGCUGGGAUGCGAGCAGACACCUUGAGUUCAUUGACAUUGUCUAUCUGCGCUGACACCGUAGCCAUCAGGGAUAAGACUGAUGAGAAGUUAGUUCAUCUCUUUGAAGCCAACACAGGCAAGCCAUUGGAAAGCAAACCACUGGCACACAAGCUUGAGGUAAUGGAGAUAGCCCUUGACCAGCAAGGUCCUGCCGCUGACCGUCAUCUGGCCAUAGUGGACAAGAACAGAGAUCUAUAUCUGGCUACUGUCCGCAACUUUGGCAAGCCAGCCAAGAUCAUUAAACUAGGUAACAUGGUAACAAGCUUUGCCUGGAAUGAUAUGACCAAUGUCUUAGUGGCGCUUCAGGAUGGUAAAUUCACUAUCUGGUAUUAUCCUAAUGCUGUCUAUGUUGAUAAAGAUCAGCUGCCAUUCUUUGUCAAAGAUGCUAGUGACUUUGGUAAGAAUCCAACCAUAGUAGAUUUCAUUGGUACCCAUGUGACCAUCAGGAGGGCAGAUGGAGCAUUGAUCGGUACCACGGUGUCCCCCUACCCCGCCAUGAUGCAUGAACUGGUAGGAAGCAAGAGAUGGGAAGAUGCAGUCAGGCUCUGCAGAUUUGUCAAGGAUGAUGCCCUAUGGAGUUGUCUUGCUACCAUGGCAGCCUAUGAUAAAGAACUUGGAACUGCUGAAAUAGCAUAUGCUGCACUAGAUGCUGUUGACAAGGUGCAGUACAUCCAGCACAUCAAGGAGUUGCCUUUGAAGGAUGUCCGCAAUGCAGAGAUGGCGUUGUUCUGUGGUAGCCCUCAAGAUGCAGAAGGAAUCCUCCUCCAGGCCAACCUCACAUUCAGAGCAAUCCUCAUGAACAUUGAACUCUAUAACUGGGACAGAGCCUUGGAGUUGGCAGUCAAGUACAAGACUCAUGUCGACACUGUCCUUGCAUAUCGCCAGCAGUUUCUUGAUAGCUUUGAGAAGAAGGAAACAAGCAAGCGAUUCUUGCAAUACUCUCAAGGGGUGGAUGUAAACUGGGAAAACAUCCAGGCCAAGAUCGAGAUGGAAUAUCAAAAAGAGAGAGGAGGAAAAUAGACUUAAUGAAUAAAGUGUAAAGAUCCUUGAUUAUCCUCAAGAGGCCUUGAUUAUUAAAGCUCUAUAUAUAUCUUUAUACAUGAAGGUGACAUCUUGAACCAAACCUUGAAAACUAUUUACAGUGUCAACGCAAGGCCUGUAGAAUAUGGCCAGCAAUCCCCCCCACCUUGAUGUCCUGAAUUUUGUACAGUGCAGCCAAUGGGAGAGGGUUGCUUACCUCCUCCCCCCCCCAUUUCUCUGAUCUGGACGUAGUUUCACAGAUUUAAGGAUGACUUAGAGUCACACUUAAAUGUUGAUGCGUAUGUGAUGUGCAACAUGCAAUCUUAUUGAUCAGUACGCAGUUGUGCGUGUCCUUUUGACAUAAUAUGACCAAUGCGGUCAUGCAUUUUAUACUGCACGCAACUCGGCAUUUACGUGCGACUUUUAAGUCAUACAUAAAUGUUUGUGAAACACCCUCCUGGAAAUAGUGAAGGCUACAUUUUGACUGCAUGUUUUCAAGAAUCCAUCUUGUUUCAUUUAAUCGUUAAAGGACAAGUCCACUCCGACAAAAAGUUGAUUUGAAUAAAAAGAGAAAAAAUUCAUCAAAAUCGGAUGUAAAAUAAGAAAGUUAUGACAUUUUUAAGUUUUGCUUUAAUAAUUUCACAAAACAAUUAUAUGCACAUCCUGGUUGGUAUGCAAAUGAAGAGACUGAUGACGCUAUCCACUCACUAUUUCUUUUGUAUUUUAUUAUGUAAAAUAUGAAAUAUUCUCAUUUUCUCCUCAUUGUCAAGUGAAAAACCGAUUAAUUCCUCCCUUAACAUGUGGAAUUAGCAUUGUUUAAUACUAUAUGGUUCAGUCAAGUUGGUCCUUAUUGUCAAAUAUGUAAAAUAUGAAAUGUAUAAAAUUCAACCAAUAAAAACAAGAAAUAGUGAGUCAAGGACAUCAUCGACUGUCUCAUUUGCAUGUCACCGACUUGUGCAUUUAACUGUUUUGUGUAAAAUAAGCGAAACUUUAAAAUGUCAUAACUUCCUUAUUUUACUUCCGAUUUUGAUGAAAUUUUUAGCGUUAUGCUCGUUCUCUUUUUAUUCAAAUCAACAUUUUUCUGGGGUGGACUUUACCUUUAGGUGAUGUAUCUUACUACUUAGAGUAACUAGAAUUUUGUGAAGAAACCAGAAGAUCAAUGGUUUCAGGGCUGGGGGGGGGGGGCUUGGUGUAAGGGUGAGUUACCAUUAAGCACAUUGAUUUGGUUUAAAAACCUGUUACUUUAUUAUAUCAAAGCAUUAAGGAGUCCUGGCAACAACCAGGGGGCCGUUCCAUAAAGCUCUUCCUAAGUGAAGAGUGAUUUUAAGAACAACUGGUGAUCCCUUCUUGCGGUAAAUGAUAUUCUCCAUGAAAUGUUCACUGGUGAGUAUUUAGCUCGUAAGAAAGGUUCACCAGUAGUUCUUAAACUUACAAACAGCUUUGUGAAACACCCACCUGAGUAAAUUGGGAGUCUGAAUUUGGAAGGGUGCGAGUGGACGGGGGGUGAGCAUUGCAAGGGUUGGUUGUGCCAACCAAUCUGAUACGUUACAUUAACCCUUGCACGGUAUUUUACUUCCUGACCUACUGUAAUUAUGACUGGCAAUGCUUUUAAAACUAAACAUUUAAAUACAUUACAUAAUAAUUAAAUUCAAAUUUGAAUACCUCCACUACCCUCUUAUACACACACACAAUUCAAUCAAUCAAAUGGUUCUAUUAGAAAAAAAAAUUCCCCCCAAAAAGUCAUGAGUUGAAGGCUGAAAGGUUCUGUUGGUUGUUUCUUCUUUUUUCCAAGUUGAGUCAUGCUACUUGAAUUUGUCUUAAUUUUCAAAAUGGUAUCCUACAGAAUUGAAACAAACUUGAUCACUUUCAAACACUUUCAAACACUUUAAAGUUUGAUCUUCUAUUUUGUGAUAUAUGUUCUCAUUCAUGUGUAGUACUUAUAUUGUAGUACUCUCUUUUUUUUACUUUAGAAAAUCAAAAUCAAGUCAUGUAUGAGAUAAUACUAAUACGAAGCUUCACAUACAUGUAAAUACAUUUUUAUUUCUUGACUCCCAAUGCAAAAGAGUAUAAGGUUUGCAUACUGUAUUCAUUCUCACAAUGAAAUAAUUUCCAUUCACUUAUUAGUAGAGCUAAGAGCAUGAAGUCAGAUUUUAUUAUCUGACAUAUUGUGAUGUAUAUAUAUAUAUAUUUGUAUUAUAUGUAUUAAAUAUGUGUGUAUAUGACAAAGAAUAAAUAAUUAGUCACAGCAA